AUGAAGAAGUUUUUGCUGGCUACAGAAAGAGAAUGUAAGCGACAAGACAGGAAUAUGGAGAAGGAGCAGAGGGAUGCGGACGCAGCACCAAAGCGGAAGGAUGCAGAACUGGCAAAAUUUACAAAGAAAGCUGCACCGAUUGUUCAAGCAGCAGCUAAGGUUUCAUUAACAGAGAAACAAGCCAAGAAAGUUGGCAAGUAUACUGAUGAUCUGUGUGUCUCUUGUCAGAGAUAUAGCUCGAGUAUGAAAGAAAAUUCAUAA